AUGUUCUCCGACACCUAUUUCUCCCACUUCGACCCACAAUCUGCUGACGCCGUGCCCUUCUACCUCGACACCUUAGCCCCUCCCCAAGCCCCAAUCCCGGCACCUUCCUUUUCAUAUUUCGAAGGCCCACCUCCUCCCCAAACCCUUCCGUCAGCACCUUCCCCUUCAUGCUUCGUAUGUCCUGCCCCACCUGAGAUUGUUUUGCCAACACCGUCGCCUUCAUAUUUCGUACUCGAAAGCCCCAUUCAACCGCAUGACCCAUCUACACUUUCCGCUGUUGCUUCACACCACGAAUCUGCAACCAUCCAGUCUCCCCAGCCCGCUACCGUUCAAAGAGGACCACCCUUGCAACCAGAACGGUUCGUGGGAGAGAUCCUUUGCAAGUCAACAAGGGAGCGCCACGUUCUACUCUACAGGAUUCCGGGCACGCAACAGGCAGCCUAUGCGGUCUCAAAAUUACGAGCGAGCCAAGAACGGAGAAGUUUGCCUGCAUCCAGUUGA